GAUAUCUCCUGUUUUACUGGAUUUGGAAAGCUGGAAAUUCCAGUUUGGGUUCGGUUAGAGUUUGACACAUGGACGGAAGCAGCAGGGAGACAGAGAGAAUAGAAAAGAGAGCAGGAAUGUGAGAUGUUCUCAAAGAAGAUGAACAGGUAAAAAUGGAAUGGAGUGAAAGGUGGGGGGACCAGUUUUGCAAGAGGAUCCAGCAUCCAGGGGAAGGUCUUAUCCUGUAACCAAGAAGACUAGAUCAGAGGUGACAUGACUUUACAGCUAGAGAGAGAGAAAGAGAGAGAAGGAAGAAGAUUGGAGAGGAAAAACGGUCAGAGUGAGAUCUGGAGAGGAAAAUAUACCAAGAAGUGAGGGACUAGUGUGGAGUUUGUAGAGGGGUAGGAGGGAGACAAAAAAAGGUGACCAAAUUUAUGGUAUGAAGACGAAUGGAGCUACUAGAGUUCGUCAGUGAAGAGGGUGGGGCUAAAUCACUAAUGAAGGCGUGACUUGACCAAACAGCGAAGCUUGAUGUGAGAGAGAGGGAUACAGUACUGCAGAGAGAGAGAGAGUGCUAUAAGAGUGAGAGAAACUCUACUCAACUGUAAAAGGGACUAUGAGAGGAAAAUGCUGAAUGAAGGCUGACUGAGACUGGAAGUUGACCGCACACGCCCAGGAUGGCAUCCACGACAGUGGGUCAGUAUUCGGAGUGUAAGGCAGGAGACACACUUUGUGAGAUCAGUGUUUAUGAGCCGGAGGUGAUCGUGGUCCCUGUGCUGUUGUUGAUGGCUUUCCUGGUCACUCUGGUGAUUCUGCUGCUGCUGCACUACUGUCCUGAGAAAACGAGAUGUCUACUGCCCUCAACUAGCCUCAGCUCCACCCACACGCCCAGAAACAAGAGGAUGCUUCGUGGCAUAGAUGCUCCUCUGGGCCUGAAUGCUCUGGAGGGAGAGAGUAUAGCACUGGACACAGCUCCCUCUUACUCCACCUUUACCACAGCCUCCUAUAACAAUGACCCCUCACUAGGGGUGGAUAAUUUGGCCUUCAGUACAGACGGUGGGAACUUCGGAGCUGCUGGCUCUGCACUGAUGAAUCCCAGGGAGCUUCCACGACAGCGUCUGCCUGAAAAAUUUAACAAAGUGACUGCCCUCCUGUCCUCAUACUCUGUAAAGUCUGACAGCUCAGUGUCUCUGUACAGAGCCCGCAUGGAGAACAGAAAUGUUGUGCUACGAGUGCUCAAUGAUUCAGCAAGUGCCUCUGAAUGUCAAUCCUUCCUGGGAUUCGCAUCCUUCCUGUCCCAGCUGGGGCCACACCCCUUCCUGCCUGAGCUCAUCGGUGUAGUUUCCUUACGUGCUCCUGUCAUCAUGGUCAUGGAGGAGAUGGAGAACCAGGACCUGCUCAGCUUUCUCUGGAGAUGCAGGCAGGGAAACACAGGCCAAGAUGCUUGUGAGAUGACAGAAAAGCGUAUCUUCACCAUGGCUUCACAGGUGGCCUCUGCUCUGGAGUAUCUUCACUCCAAAAGUCUCAUUCACGCUAACAUCAAGGCUCGUAGUGUGCUUGUCAGCCGCAUGUUGACAGCCAAGCUGUGGGGAUUGAGUAGUGUCUAUGCAAGAAAAAAUCAGGGAGCCAAUUACAUAGAGGAUCCUGGAAGGAAGAAAUGGCAGGCACCUGAGAUACUAGCCAAGAGACCGGCCAGCCAGAAGAGCGAUGUGUGGUCUUUUGGGCUGUUGUUGUAUGAGAUGGUGACUCUUGGUGAGGCUCCGUUUGCAGAGAUCCCUGUGCAGGAACUUCUUCAGUAUCACCAGAGAGGGAAGACCCUGAAGAAACCAAACAACUGCUCCAAUGCACUUCACACCAUCAUCAGAGGUUGCUGUCAGUGGAAGGAACAAGACCGUGCCUCAUUGGAUGAGAUUAGACGCAAGCUCCAAUCAGGAGAGAAAAGUUCCAAUGACAAGACUGUUCUCCAGGUGCCUGAGCCAAUCAACAUUGAGCGCUACCUGCAGGAGGCGGGAUAUGGAGAGUCCAAUAGCUACACGGUUUUCUGAGCCUAGAAGGGAGCAAACCACCCAGUUUUACGAGGAAACAAUAAGAACAAUCUGAAUUAGGUCAUGGUGGUUCAGUCCUGGCUAUCACCUACUCAGAAAAAAAAGAUGAAUCUGACACCUCUGCCCCAUAUCCAGACUGUAUGAAAAGAUGCCCUCUCUGGAAAAUGCUAAUGGAAAUAUCACACUGCAUUAUAAUGAUGACUGGGGUGGAAUUACUGGAAGUUGAUGAGGGUGGGGGGGUUUGUUCAAUUAAGGAGAGAUAAUAUAUUCUUGAAUCAGUUAAAUACUUUUAUGAUUUUGUUUCUUUUUUCAUUCUGAUGGAUGGAUGUUGUUUGGUCCAUGAUAAAAACAUGUUUACUGCAAAUAAUAUAACUAAAUACGAAUAUCUGUGAGAUUUUAUUACCUUACUGUGUGAUCAGCUCUCUGCCAUCAGGCCGUAAGAGUCAUCUAAAUGGGUUGCAUUGCAUUUUAACUCCAGUGCCAUUAAUGUGAAUGUACUUUCUCUUUGAAGAGAAGGAAUAAAACUUCCAAAAAUGAA